UACAAACCAGCAGCUCCCCUCAUCACAAUCACCAGACCUUCAGUUAGCAGCAUCACCCACAUAGAAAUCAAGGCAUCAGGAUAGCGAGGCUCAUAAACCUGCUAGAAAACACUGAGGCCAGAGCGAACGCGAACUCGACAUCGCGCCCAGAAUGCAUUCAAGCCUGCUGAAAUCGGUACUGAAGCAGAACUUUCCCGCUCCAAGUGGUGCUGAGUUAAGAGCGCCUGAAAGCAACGCUUCUAGCACACCAUCUCCAGCCAGCCCGGCCAAGAAGAUGAAGCAAGAGAAGCCUUCUAGCCUCACCAAGACCAUCAAGUCAACCAAGUCAACGACAGCGCCUUCUUUUGACCGAAACAGCAAGAACUUGCCGCGUGCCGUAUGCUUAUGUGCGCCUACGAACCACCCGGGCUCUUUUCGCUGCCGCUUCCACCGCGCGCGAUCAGCCUCCUCGCAAAAAGCCGCAUCGUCGGAGUCUAAGGGGAACGGCAGAGGCGACUGCAGGGACCGUGCUGCGAGGACUUCCAGGCCCAGCCGGUUAUCUGCUGUUUCCGUGCAGGCCGCUUAAGGGCUGCAAAUUGGAAUUGUCAAGACGCUUGCCUCCCCUGGAGUGUCCAUUUCCUGCCUUCGGAUCUCCCAGCUUCGCCCGGACAACCGCUUGCUGUCCCCGCUGCAACAACCUUCUGCCGAUUCUGUUUCAAUCCGUGUAGACUGUUUUCAUGAGCCGCUUGCUUUCAUGCGCUGCAGCACGAUGCCGUGCCAUGGUGCGACGUCAUGCAGUGUUAACCGUCAUACCAUGACAUCCCAUCCCAUCCCAUUUUAUGGCAUGUCAUGUCAUCCCAUCCUAUCAUGUUACAUGUAUCAUUCCAUGCCGUGCCAUAUCACGCCGCGGGCAUCGCACAGCAUCAAGGACGAUGUUCCCUGUACCUAGCAAUUGCACAAGACUCGGCUGGGGCCAAGCAAGAAGGGGUUAGCAGCAGCAGCAGCGCUGCCUGUGCUGCUUUUUUCCUCUUUUCUGUGGCCUGCUGCUCGCUGUCCACUCCAGCCCCUGGGCAUUCUGCUCGCUUCAUGCAGCUUUUUAUGCCAGUCAUGCCGAGUUCAUGCUGUAUGACCUGUAGGUCGUGUUCCAAUGCCUGUCCCUUGUAUAUAUUUCCAGUUAUUUAUUACUGUUGGGCUGAGAAAAAGCCUUAGGACCUU